AUGUCUACCGCUGAAUUUACUCAACUAUUAGAAAAUACUAUUUUGAGUCCCGAUGCUAAUGUUCGUUUGGAAAGUGAAACUCAAUUGAAAAGAUUUUCUAAUGAAAAUUUUAUCCAAUAUGCAGGUUUACUAUCUCAAGUUUUAAUUGAAGAAAAUUCAAGAGUAGAACCACGUAUCCUUGCUGCAUUAAAUUUGAAAAAUGAAUUGAUAUCAAAGGAUUCCAUUAAAAAUCAACAAUUUGCACAACGUUGGUCUCAACAAGUUGAUGUUGAAUCAAGAACUCAAAUUAAACAAAAUGCUUUAGCAGCUUUAACUUCUAAUGAACCUCGUGUAGCGAAUGCAUCAGCUCAAUUGAUUGCCGCAAUUGCCGAUAUUGAAUUACCACAAAAUGAAUGGCAAGAUUUAAUGAAAAUUAUGGUAGAUCAUACGAAUCCAAACCAAAGUGAAAAUAGCAGAAGAGCAGCUUUAUUAACAAUUGGUUAUAUUUGUGAAAGUGCUGAUCCACAAUCUCAAGCUUUAGUCUCUGCAUCUAAUCAAAUUUUAAUUGCUAUUGCUCAAUGUACUCAAGCAACCGAACCUUCAAGAACAGUUAGAUUAGCUGCUUUAAAUGCUUUGGCAGAUUCUUUAAUCUUUAUUAAGAAUAAUAUGGAACGUGAUGGUGAAAGAAAUUAUUUGAUGCAAAUUGUUUGUGAAGCUACUCAAGCUGAUGAUGUUGAGAUUCAAGCUGCUUCAUUUGGUUGUCUAUGUAAAAUCAUGUCCUUAUAUUAUGCACUAAUGAAACCUUACAUGGAACAAGCUUUAUAUGCUUUAACUGUGGCCACAAUGGAAUCUGAGGAUGAUAAAGUUGCCUCUAUGACUGUUGAAUUUUGGUCAACAGUUUGUGAAGAAGAAAUUGAUAUUGCUUAUGAACGUUCUCAAUUCCCAGAAUCUCCAUUACAAAGUUAUAAUUUUGCUUUAUCUUCUUUAAAAGAUGUGGUACCAAAUUUAUUAAAAUUGUUAACAAGACAAAAUAGUGAUCCUGAAGAUGAUGAUUGGAACGUUGCAAUGUCGGCUGGUGCUUGUUUGCAAUUAUAUGCUCAAAAUUGUGGGGAUAGUAUUUUAGCACCUGUAUUAGAAUUUGUUGAACAAAACAUUACUAGUGAAAAUUGGAGAAAUAGAGAAGCUGCUGUAAUGGCAUUUGGUUCUAUUAUGGAUGGCCCAGAUAAAACCCAAACUACUUUCUAUGUUCAUCAAGCUUUACCUGCUAUUCUAAAUUUGAUGAAUGACCAAACUUUACAAGUUAAAGAUACAGCUUCGUGGUGUAUUGGUAGAAUUGCUGAUUUAGUAGCAAUGGCUAUCGACCCUCAACAACAUCUUCCAGGUGUUGUAAAUGCAUGUUUAACAGGUCUACAGGAUCAUCCUAAAGUUGCAACCAAUUGUUCUUGGACAGUUAUUAAUUUAAUUGAACAAUUAACUGAAGAGAAACCUUCUCCAAUUUAUAAUUAUUAUCCAGCAUUAGUAGAUGGAUUGAUGAAAUGUUCUAAUAGACCAGAUAAUGAGUUUAAUGCAAGAGCAUCUGCUUUUGCUGCUCUGACUACAAUGGUAGAAUUUUCUUCUGAUGAUGUCGCCGAGACUUCAGCUUCCAUAUCAACUUUUGUCUUGGAUAAAUUAGGUCAAACAAUGGCAGUCAAUGAAGAACAAUUAAGUUUGGAAGAUGCUCAAAGUCUUCAAGAAUUACAAUCAAAUAUUUUAACUGUAUUAGCUGCCGUUAUUAGAAAGAGUCCUCAAAGUAUUCAAGGUGUCUCUGAUAUGUUAAUGGAUUUAUUCAUUAAGUUAUUACAAAAGAAAGAUGCUUCUUUUAUUGAAGAUGAUGUCUUUUUUGCAAUUUCUGCUUUAUCAAUGUCUUUAGGUAAAGGGUUCCAAAAGUAUUUGGAAGCCUUUUCACCUUUCUUAGUAAAGGCUUUAAAUCAAGUCGAAUCUACAGUGGCUAUUACAGCUGUCGGCUUUAUUGCAGACAUUUCUAACUCAUUGGAGGAAGAUUUCAAGCAAUAUGCAGGUUCCUUUAUGAAUGUCCUUGGUCAAAUUUUAUCUAAUCCAAGUUCAAGAAAGGAAUUGAAGCCAGCCAUUUUAAGUGUCUUUGGUGAUAUUGCAUCAAAUAUUGGUCCAGAAUUCGUUCCUUAUUUACAAGAUGUUAUGGCACUAUGUGUCGCUGCCCAAAACACUAAACCAGAAAAUGGUACCUUAGACGCCAUGGAUUAUAACACUAGAGUUCUAGAAUCAGUUUUGGAUGCUUAUGUCGGUAUUGUUGGUGGUUUACACGAUACCCCACAAGCUAUCUAUCCAUAUGUUGGCACUAUCUUCCAAUUUAUAUCUUUAAUUGCAGAUGACCCACAACUAUAUACCGAGGACUCUACUGCAAGAUCUGCUGUCGGUUUAAUUGGCGAUAUUGCUUCAAUGAUAUCUGAUGGUUCCAUCAAACAAUUUUAUGGUCAAGAAGCCAUUACUGACUUAAUCAAGAAAACAAGAAGUAAUCCUUCUUUUUCUCAAGCUACAAAGGAUGUCGCAAGAUGGGCUAGAAGUCAACAAAAACUUCAACUAUCACAAUGA